AUGGCCGCCAGCGCACACAAGUUGAUACCCGCAGACCCGGAGAAGGUAAUGGUCAUCCGCCAUGUCACAUCGGAAGUCGUCACAAUGUCCACGCCCUUCCUGCGCUUCGGCAGAAUCAAGAUCGGCGGCAGAGGCACCCUCGUGCGCCUCGCAACGGGCAGCGUCGCCGUCUUCUCCCCAGUCGCCUUGACGGAAACCGCAAAGAAAGAAACAGACGCCCUGGGCGAAGUCAAGUACCUCGUCGCCUCAGACCAAGAACACCACAUCUUUCUCGAAAGCUGGCACAAAGCCUACCCAACCGCCAAAAUCCUCGCCCCCGAAACCCUCCCCUCCUACCGCGACAAGCAAAACUACUUCAAACUGCCCCAAGCAAACUACAUCCUCUUCCCCGACAAAGGCCCCGCCCCCUCCAUAACCCCCGAAUUCGACGCCGAGUUCGACGUCGAAUACGUCCCCGUGCACCCAAACAAAGAACUGAUCGUCAACCACCGGCCCUCCAAAACGCUCAUCCAAGCGGAUCUCCUCUUCAACCUCCCCGCGAGGGAGCAGUUCAGCAAGACGGACGUGUCGCCCACGACGGGGAUCUUGACGCGGAUCUUCAAUGCGCUGCAGAAUACGCGGGGCAGUGCGGUGUGGCAGAAGAGGUUUCUGUGGUAUGGCGCGAGUUCGAGCGAUCGGCCGCGGUUCAAUGAGAGUAUGAGGAAGAUUGCGGGGUGGGAUUUCGAGAGGAUUGUGCCGUGUCAUGGGGAUGUGGUGGAGAGUGGGGGGAAGGGGAUCUUUGAGAAGGUUAUGGAGUGGCAUUUGAAGGCUAAGGAUGCGAAGAAGAGUACUUGA